ACUACUGGAGAAAAGUGUAAAAGGAUCGCCUUUGAAAAGGUUACCGCUGUUUCCCCUUGCGUUUUCGUUAAGUUAAUAGUUCUUACUGAUUUAGGUAUUUCUGUUUGCUCAAACCUAGACACAAGAUUUCACUACGUUAUUUUUUGAGCUUUGCUUGACUGAGUGGCUUUAACUUCCUCUUUCUUUAUUUAGCUCGUAGGAGCUGCGGACUUUCCAUUUGACUUCUUCCUUAUAUCUUUAAGUCAUGCGAUAUAACAUUCUUGCAUUAUAAAAUACGAUUCUUUAUUCGUUUACCAAGAUCUUACAUAUAUUGCUACCUCUAUUUUCUUCCAUCAAAGUUAUCUUGCAAUCUGUCCUCCACUUUUCUUGAUCAUUUCAAUUUUUUUAUUUACAUUAAUACAUCUUUAAAAAGCUUUAACAAUCUUCAUAUUUUUGCUAAUUUUUGCUCUAAAAAAUUUAGUGAGAAAGUCUAUAUUUCGAUUCCUUUUGUAUCUACGUUGCCAGGUUCAUGAUUAUCGUUUUAUUUGCAGAUUUGCAAAUUCUGUGUUUAAUUCGUAAAACUGUUCUUAGUUGUUUUUCAUCUGCACUAGGAAAUUCCAUCCAAUUUGCUUCUUUCAAGUUCAAAAUGAUUUUUUCUAUCACUCUUCCAUCGUUUUAUAUCAUACCCUUGUUUGUUUGAAAAAGAAAUGUAAUUAAUUAUUUUUUUUUUUCCCUUUUAGUUUUUCAGCGUUUCUCAAUUCCUCCGAGCAUCUACGUAACAGCUCGUCACCAAAUUCUCAAGAGACCUCAGGACGCCUUGGCCUUGUGGGUAGAGGAUGUACGCAGAGAUAGUUUUAAGGUUUGCCUCAGGGAAACUAAGAUUUUUGAUGGUCUGCAUAAAAACAUCAAGGUGGUAAGUGAAUUCCUUUUGUUACCUGUUACAUGUUUGAAAGUAGACUCACACGACAACCAAGCGGUUCCUCCCUUGCUGCAACUUACAGGGGCUGUGCUUUAGCAGAACCCAGUUGCCCCUGAGCUCUACCUUUGCUCUUUGCCUACUAGGAAAUCGUAGCUUUUAUCAUAGAGAUCCUAUGUUGGAUACCCUGUGAUUUACACAGGUUCAGAGCAAUGGGCUCCCUUCUCUUAGAAACAACCUUGACUUGAGAAAGAAUAUAUUGAUAACAUUGUUAAUACUUUUUCACUUGUCCUUCAGGACUGGAUAGCAUUUGUUAAGCUGAUGACGCUGAAUUUUACCUUGAUCCAUGGCCUUGUAACAACAAAGAAUAACUCACCACUAAACAAGCAACAAAACAACGCUGUCUGUCAGGUAAAGUAACUAAUCAACUAUACUGUUUUGGUUUCUCAGUCACUUAUUAUAUUCAUGAAUAGAAAGUCUUUCAUAAGUUCAUGGAGCUCUGAUGUUGUUAUCGUUAACUAUUUAAACAAGAUAUAUCAUAUACCGCAUAUGUGUAGAAAAACUUAAGAACGCUGAUUCUUUUCUUGUUUUUUUAGAUAAUAAAGUUCACUGAUGCUUUCUAUGCCCCUCCGGUAGUAAUGGUUUCACCAAGACUCAGUUACCGUAACAACAACUCUCGUUUCUCGGCUUCCGCAACUUGUAACGCAGUUACUGCGUGGAUUCAGGUAACAAAUAUGAAACUUGGAGCCAUUUUUCUUAGUCGUUGCGUCCUUCGGCUGCCUUCUUAUCUUUUCCCUUCUAAUUUACUUUUAGCAUUGUCUCUGUUUCAAUUUUUCAUGUCGUUUAAGGAGUCCAAAAAAGUUUUUUUUUGUUUUGUUUUUUCCCAAUUUUUCCAACCAACCUGUGCACGCCACGGUUUCGCUUUCUAAACGACCUUGGUGUACCUAGUUACAUAGUAGUUAUGGUAAGAAAAUACCUGAUGAUGCUUAAUGAUUGAUAAUCUGAUACUUCUAAUGAUUGUGUCUAGCAUACCUUUACAAACGAAACCGAGGUGUGUAUGAGAAGAUACAGCAAUAACGCCAAUUAUAAGGACAUCGUACAACUGGAUUACCUGGUGAUUGGAGGUACGUAA